AUGGCUCGUCGCCUGUCGCCCGCCGCCCGCCCGCCGCCCGCCGCCAUGAGACGCGGGGGCCCCGCUGCCAUCGCCGCCUGCCUCGCCGGGGCUCUCGCUGUGCUGGCGGGACCGGGGCCGGGCGGCGCCACCGGGACCGGCCGGCGACCCCCCCGCAGCUACGGGCACCUGGAGGGCGACGUGCGCUGGCGGCGACUCUUCUCCGCCACCCGCUUCUUCCUGCGCAUCGACGGCGGCGGCGGCGUGGAGGGGACGCGCUGGAGGGAGCGGCCGGGCAGCAUCGUGGAGAUCCGGUCGGUGCGUGUCGGCGUCGUGGUCAUCCGGGCGGUGCACACCGGCUUCUACCUGGCCAUGAACAAGCGGGGGAGGCUCUACGGGUCGAAGGAGUUCAGCCCCAACUGCAAGUUCACAGAGCGCAUCGAGGAGAACGGCUACAACACCUACGCGUCGCUGCGCUGGCGGCACUGCGGCCGCCCCAUGUUCCUCUCUCUCAACAGCAAGGGCAGGCCACAGCGAGGGGGCAGGACACGCCGGCAGCACCUCUCCACACACUUCCUCCCCAUGCUGGUUGGCUGAGUGCCACGAGCAGCUCCGGACAGUCCUGUAGGAAAAAAACCAAGAAAGGAUUCUUUUAUUUA